AUGGUCAAGGGAUUGGAAGACCUCUCGGCCAAGCUUUAUAACAGGUAAAAAGGGAGUGAUAUUGCUUUGUUGUAUUGUGAUAAACUGAAGUGAGAGAACUGUUUUUCCUGUCUCCCCUUAUCAAUGCGAAAGAAAAUUUGCUUGUCGCGUAUUUUGUGGACCUUAAUCGGCCGUUUUAUGAGCGGAAUAUUUCACUCAAUACAAUCAGAGAAAAGACUUUGAGCGGGCAAUCAGUAAGAGUAGUAAAAAAAUUCUGCAAAAAACUUGUUAGAAAGCGUAUAAGGGCAUAAAAUACUUCAUAAAUUCACUCUUUUGAUUCACUGAGCCACGUGACAUUCGAGAGUUUUGUAAGUUUGAACUAAAAACAAAACGCCUUUUAUUCCGUUUCCUGAAGCCCUUUUACUCUUUUUGGUGUGAUUUAUCUGUGCCCUCUCCGCGUUUCCCGUUCUGUUUUUUCCACCCGCUCAAAAUGGCCGGACGCAUGAUUCGCAAGGAAAAAAAACGAAUUUAAAGGGAAAGGGACCAGUUUUUCUUUACAAUGGCGCAAUCAUAUCUCGCUGUUGCACUUAAUAGACGGGUAUUUCCCUUUGACUAAAGAUUAUAUUUGUUGUGAUAAACAUUGUAAAUCCCGAGAAAGAAGGUCGGCGACGACUUGAGGAGGUGGUCUGACCGGCUUAUUUGGGUUUCUUUUACUUUUUAACUGUUUGUUUUGUUAGUGAAGCCAUUAUGGAGUAAGCAAAACUAAAAAGUUAUGUCGAAGUUGCAAGAUUAUGCCAUAUUGAAGUUUUUUUUUAGGUUGACUCACUCGAAGGUGUCCCCAGUCCCCUCACACAGCCACACUCUCCUCCAGAAUCCCGUUUCCACCGUCGAUGCAGACUCUCCGAUCUUCUCACCGAACUCUUUUUAUGGACGGGUUAGGCACUUUGCCGCCAUCACUGAUCCAAGAUUAGUUUUCACUCCUAAUCGGGAACUCUUCAAGGCCAAAGCGUUGUUGGAUUCGGUCAGGUAAGACGUUAUAUAUUGGACUAUGGAGAGAUUGUUGUUUCAAAUUUCUCCACAAACUUUACAAAUGAUGAUAUAGGCAGGGAAAUGAAGUCCAAGCUAGCCCAUCCGAACUAAGACGAGCCAAGGUUUUAUAUGGAUCCGCCUUUCAUCCAGACAGCGGAGAACUACAGAAUGUGAUGGGAAGGAUGUGCUUCAAUGUAUAUGGGAGCACCCUGAUGUGUGGAGGAAUGAUGGUGUUCUAUCGAUCCACGGCCGGAGUCUUUUUUUGGCAAUGGGCCAACCAGUCGUUCAAUGCGUUGGUUAAUUAUACUAAUAGAAACGCUAAGAGUCCAUUGACAAAAAAGUGAGUUUCCUGUGAUUAGCUACAUUGUAAUAGUGAAUGAUGAUUAAAAUUUUAUUUUUUGCAGAGAUUUGAUCACUGCGUAUACUUCAGCUGUAAGUGGAGCACUUGGAGUGGCUUUUGGACUGAAAUGGUUCUGCGCCUGGAAGAAGUUGGGAGUAAUGUGGCAGAGAUUAGUCCCGAUUACAGCUGUCUGUGUGGCCAACUUUAUUAAUAUCCCGUUGAUGAGGCAAAAGUAAACAAUUUGUUUUAUUUUAAUUUCAAAAAGAAUAUAUUUAGAUGUUUACAGUGUUAUAAAAUUAGACUGUUAUUUUAGCGAGCUCAAAUAUGGAAUGUCAGUCUCGGAUGCUGAUGGAAACGAAGUCGGAAAAUCGAAAACAGCGGCAUUCAAGGCCAUUAGUCAGGUGGCUUUCUCCAGGAAUCUAAUUGUCAUCCCUUCCAUGGGUAAGGUAUAGAUUCACGGGAAAUAUUAAUAUUUUAUUGGAUGUCUAAAUUAUUAUUUUUAGUGCUGACUCCUCUUAUUGUUGACGCCACUGCCGUUCGUUGGAAGUGGUUUGCCAAAAAUUUGAAGGUCCUAAACCUUCCCGUCCAACUCGGCCUCAUCUUUGUCCUGUUUGGAGCAAUGGUCCCCGUUGGAUGUGGAUUAUUCCCUCAGAAAAGGUAUCCAAAGACGAGUUUAUAUAAAUCAUGGAAUAAUUUUGAUUCUUUCAGCUCCAUCAAAGUGGAUUCCCUCAAAAGAUUUGAACCCGAGACAUAUGAAGAGCUGAAGGCACUCGGGUUAGAGAGGGUUUACUUCAACAAGGGACUGUAAGACUUUCCUUUUUCUUACAAUUAGGUUUGCAUUUUGACCGUAGAUUUGUUUGUUGUUAUCUCUUUCAUCAAAUUAUUUUAACUUUUUAAUCUUCUUAGCAAAUGAAUGACGUUAUUGAGGCGUAGUCUAAUAGAUUGUUGUUGAUCUUCCUCUAUAUCAAGUUAUUGUCGCAUCUUCACUUGAGUUGUUACAUCUGUUUUGAUAAUAUAUAUUGUCUUUUAUAACUUGUGUUUUAAAAUAUGGUCUGAUAGCUUGAGUUUCCCUGUGAUUCUAAGAUUACAUUGAUCCUGUGAGAAUUUGAGAUAAAGGAGGAAUACAUAAUGUUUUCGUUUGUUAUGACUAUGAAUGAACUUUAUUUUGGAUCAGGGGAUUACUAACUAUACUGGUUAGUCGCUUUAAACCUGAGCAUUCGACGAUUUGAAUCCGUCGCAACUAAUCGAAGACUAUUAUAAUUCUAAUAUUUACACAGAAACCCUGAUAAUGGCUAUAAAAUUUUGAGUUUUCUUUGGAAAUUCCGCUCGUCUUUAGCACUUUUUUGAUAGAAAAGUGGACAUCAUGGAGGAAGCUGUAAAAUUAUGAUUUAGUAAAAACAACUACUUUAAAGUAUUUCCAAUGCACUGUUGUUAUUCUAACUGAGCAAACAGAACGUUCUCUUCAUAUUUACUUUUGUUAUUACCUUUAAGCCAUUUUUGGGUAUAGGGUACUCGUAUUAUUCAAAAAAGUUACAAUCGGCUAUGGGGGACGGGUGAGAGGGCGUAAGGCGCGGGAAGGGACAGUAUUUACUGUGACUUAGUUAGAACUAUUGUUAAACUGAUUCGAAUAAAUUUUGGCGUUCUUUUUGGAGGUUUAAAUGUGCGACUCAUAACUGUUGGUCUGAUUUGGCAAAAAUUAAAAUUAGAAAUUUUGUAAAUUAGCUUAUGAAAAACAUUUGGCUCAUGCAUUGCAAACAAAGGCCACAUUUUUUGGACUAAAGGAAGCGAGAAAUUAAACCUUUUGCGAUGUAAUGUUGACUGUGUGAGCCAACCUUUAAGUAAAAUUUUUCUAUGGGAGCUAAUGUAUUUCUUUAAUGAUCGUAUUUUACACCGGCACCGCAUGUUCUUACGUUCUUUCGAUUAAAUCUUGUCUCAUAACUUUUUCACAAAGACCUCGAAAUUUUUCCGACUGAUUGAUUUGAUCAUAAGCCCUCGCUCAAAUCGAAUUCCUGUUGCAAUCCCCGUAUAAAGAAUUUUGAUUUUUUAAAUUAGCCUUUUUUCAUUUCGUGAAAAUUCAGAUGACGGUAUUGCUGCGUUUGCAUGUUAUCAGAGUCCUUUUUUGACAACCACAAGACUUUAUAAUCUUGAUCAUUUUGACGCAAUAAUUGAUAGUUGCAAAUCCCGUGGAAUGGCUGACGGUUGACGCGAUCGGUUAAUUAGGAGGGCCUAUCCCUUUUUUACCAUUGAUCUGUAUCAAUUUUAAUGCUACUAUCUCCAAAACAAGACGGAGUUAUAGCUUUGGGCAUCAUUUUCAGUAUCACCUUACUUCUAUGAAUGAACGAACACUGAUCUCGUAGCUGAAGUCUAAUUGGUUUAUGUUCUUCUUGUCUGAAACCAAUAGAGUCUGAGAUUGUCAGCACUUUUUUAUUGUUAUCAGUCUCUUCCUUUAGAAUAUUCAAACAAAUAUUGGCAAAAAUUUGAAUAUUCAAAAUGAAAAUUAUUAAAUUUUGAAGACAAUUGUGAGAACUAAACAACAUGCGGAAUUUUUUGGGUAACGUUUAAAAAUAACGUCUAGUGAUAUGUUAUCUUUUUGCGAUUUUUUCGAUUAAAAUUAUUGUUUUCCCGGUAUUUACGACCUUUUUUAUAAUAUUGUAUAGUAACAAUUGCCUUUUUCUAUAGGAAAAUAAUUUCAGUCAAAGUCCAAUUGGCUUCCUGCCUGAGGCAUUAAUAUCAAAGCCGUGACUUUAAGAAUUUCAUUUUAAAAAAUUCAGUUUGUAAAUGAAUGUUAACUGUAACGAUCUUGAUUUUUUGAUAUGGAAUUGUCUCCGAACAAUGUUUCGAACGUGAUUUCCGCUUUUUGUUCGUAGCGAGUACAAUACAAACACAAUAUUAUUCAUGAUGACAUUCGAUUAUUAUAAUGGGCGCUUUCAAAUUCCCAGCUUUGUGACGCCGUUGGGCGUUUCUUCCAAGUUAAUUUUACUCGAUUCGAAGAAGAAAUAUUGUUAUUAUUGUGUUGUUUAAAGUUGUGUUGUAAAAGAAGCUGGUUGUAUCUUUUCUUUGUAAAUAGUAAAUAAAGGUCUGAGUCAAAUUUGGAAAAGGGUGCGCAGAUACCUAUGUUUGUAGAUCAUGCGCAGUCCUACGUUAAGCAUUUUGAUAUAAAAUUUAUGUCACUUAAAAGUUCACGAUUUCCAUGAAUCACACUUUAGCUUCAUUUUGCUAACUUUAGAGACCCUUUCAAGAGCAUGGCUGAUCAAAGAUUCUGGGGGGAUGUUGCCUGGGGGAGGGGGAUCAAUAUAUAAAAAAUUUGCCCCCCCCCCUGCCCCCGCCCUACCUACGCCCCUGGAGGUUUUUGUUGAAGCCCGUACAAGAUUGACAAUUAGUGGGAGUCAUUGGGUAUUCUGUUAUCAGUAAUUUAUCUUGGAACUGCACAAUUUUAGGCUCGACUAAUUCCUGUCAUUAUUCAGUUUCUCUUGAGGGUUUUGGUCGCCAAGGGGAGGCAAAUGUUUCUGCUUCCCUUUUUACAAAAGUCGAGGGAAUCCCGGGAGGGUCAUUUAUUUUAUAAAUUUUAUAAUUUACUUGGAGUAAUCUAACAAUAAAACAUAAAAAUUUUAAAGUUUCCAAUCAUGAAUUUGAUGAAUUGUAAGGGAUUUGCAAUACAAAUUAGCUCUAAUUCUUUUCUGUAGGUCAUUGAGGUUGUUUCACAUGAUCUGCAUUAAUGUGCAAACUCUCCAUACUUUCGAGUAGUAAAAAAAGCUUUUAAAUCAAAGUUUACAAUCCUUUCGAAGGGUUUACAAUACUUUUAAUCCAAUUGUCCCUCGUUUUCGUUGAGUCUGGUCCCUUGAUCUUUUUUCGGUUAUUCCGAAUCAUAGAAUAAUGUUAUGACCGCGGUUACUUUAACUUCUAAACUUUGCAUUCUUUAAGGCUUCGGAGCCGUUGA